AUGAAGAUCAUAAAAGUUGCUGUGUAUGGAGCCCCCCUGGCUGCUGCCAGGAGACUCCUGGUGGCCCCCACCAAGGACAGCUCUGGCCAACCUCCCCUUGCCCCUCUCCCACAGCAAGGGCUCCCAGAGCAGCAGGAAGCCUUGGGUGGCUGCUUCCCAGCUGAGGAACAACCACCACCUCAGAAACGGCUCCACAGACGGUGCCCGGUGUCCACGAGGUGUUUGCAGAGCCACCUCCAGCGAGCCGGGGCGCAGCGGCCGCCCUUACGCAACGCUCCUGCUGGGCGGCUCUGCGGAGCGCGGCUCGGCGCCGAGCGGCGGCAGCCCCGAGCGCUGCCCCGGCGCUUCGCGGCUAACCGCAGCACCGCAGCACCGCUCCAGCUCGCCGGAAUUCACACAACUCCUUCGCCGGCAGUUCUGGCCGUGCACAGAGGGUGCAUUCCCGCGGAGAGCUGGCGCGGCGCGGGGCGGUGGGGCCUCCCUCCGCCGAGCCACGGGGACGCUGCAGGUCCCGUUCCCGAACGAGCCGGCAGAAGCGCGCAGGAGAGGCGUGAGGAGCUCCGGGACCCUGCGCUGUGCCCAGCGCUCCGCAGCGCUCCCCGCCCGCCGCGCCGCUCGGCCCCCGCUCCGCUCCGCUCCUCUCCUCUCCCGGCCGCCUCCCUCCGCAGGGAGAGCCGCCCGCCUGCCCGGCCCCCCGGCCCCGCGUCCCGCAGCCGCCCCCCCGCGGGGUCACCCGGGGACAGCGCCCGCCUCCCGCCGCAGGAAGCGCCGCAGCCGCCCCGGCGCCUCCCGCUCGGCGCUCGCCUGUGGCAGUUCAGGUUUUUUUGACUGUGUUCAUUCGGUUUUGUGGACUGAGCAGUAAUUUCCUGUGUCAUGUGCAACCCUGCAGAACUUGGAAAAAACUCCCUGCUGUGUUUUUGCAUGACAGAUCGAAAAUGGAUAUGAACUGUGCAUUGGAGAAAAUGAUAUUUGCCCCAGACAAAGACUAGAGGAUGUUGGCUAAAUACCUUCAGUUAACACCAAAAUGUUUUGAAGUGUUUCAUGGCAUUUAGAGAAGAUUGGCCUCAGUUAGAACUAAUAAUAAAUGGAAAAUAAUCUAAA